AAAAGAAUAGAUUGCCCCAAUUUUUAUUUCUCAAAAAUAAAAAUUCUCCCCCACGCUUCCUCUGGCAUUCGAAUCACUCAAAUUCGCGUUCUCGAUCUUCAAUUCAAAUCAAGUUCAAGAAACACGGGGAAAUUUGGUGGCAAGUUUUUGAUGAACAAUGACGGUUCCGAUGGAUAAUCCAGUGGAUCUUUCAUCGCGGGACCGUGUUCAACGUCUUUAUGACAAGAAUGUUGAGUUGGGGAAUAGGCUUCGGAGGUCAGCCCAAGCAAGAAUUCCAUCUGAUUUUACUGUUUGGCAACAGAUGCGAGAGAAUUAUGAGGCAAUUAUCCUAGAAGAUCAUGUUUUCUCUGAGCAACAUGAAAUAGAAUAUGCUUUGUGGCAGUUGCAUUACCGGCGUAUUGAGGAGUUUCGAACUCAUUGCAAAGCUGCUCUAGCUUCAAAUGGUUCAGUUACAUCUCAGAAUGGAACAAUGAUUGCAAGACCUGAACGAAUUACUAAAAUCCGUUCCCAGUUUAAAACCUUUCUGUCUGAAGCAACUGGAUUCUAUCAUGAUUUAAUGUUGAAAAUCAGAGCAAAGUGUGGUCUUCCUCUAGUUUCUUUUUCAGAUAAUUUGGAGAGUCAGAAUAUUAUGUCUGGAGAAGGAAGUAAAGCUACUAUGAUGAGGAAAGGCCUGAUUUCCUGCCACCGUUGUCUGAUUUACCUUGGUGACCUUUCACGUUAUAAAGGCUUAUAUGGUGAAGGAGACUCAAAAACAAGUGAUUUUUCAGCCGCAUCAAGUUACUAUAAGCAAGCUUCUUCAUUGUGGCCUUCAAGUGGCAACCCUCACCAUCAGCUUGGAAUAUUAGCCACUUAUUCAGGGGAUGAAUUUGAAGCAAUAUACUGCUACUUUAGGAGUCUAGCUGUUGACAACCCCUUCUCAACUGCCAGAGAUAACUUGAUUAUUGAAUUUGAGAAGAAUCGUCAAAGUUUUUCCCAGCUCUGUGGGGAUGCCAAAGCUUCGUUGACGAAGAAUGCAACAAGGCAAAUUGGUAGGAGAGGAAGAGGCAGAGGUAGCAAAAUGUCUCCCUUGAAAGACAAUAAAAAAGAUGCAAGUGCUCUAAAGAAAAACACAUCCAGUAUUCCUGAAACUUUAAAAGCUUUCAAAAUUCGAUUUGUCCGACUAAAUGGCAUCCUAUUUACGCGAACAAGUUUGGAAACUUUCGUAGAGGUUCUUUCAAUGGUCAAAAGUGACUUGCUUGAACUUCUGUCAUCUGGGCCAAAAGAAGAGUACAAUUUUGAUUCAAGUUCUGAGGAUAAUGGGCUUGUGAUUGUUAGGCUUGUAUCCAUUCUUAUAUUCACAAUCCAUAAUGUGAAUAGGGAAGCUAAGCUUGAGUCAUAUGCUGACAUAUUGCAACGCUCUGUUUUGCUUCAGAAUGCUUUUACUGCCAUCUUUGACUUGAUGGGGCUCAUUAUUAAGAGAUGCACACAACUGAAUGAUCCUUUGGCUAGCUUUCUGUUGCCUGCAGUGAUGAUUUUUUUGGAGUGGUUAGCCUGUCAUCCAGAUUUUGCUACUGGCAUCGAAGUGGAAGAGCAUCAAGCUGCUGCUAGAUUGUUCUUUUGGGAGAAUUGUAUUCCUUUUUUGAACAAGCUUUUGUCAAAUGGGACCAUGCCCAUUGAUGUGGACGGAGAGGAUGCUUGUUUUUCCAACAUGAGCAGCUAUGAUGAAAGUGAAACCUCCAACAGGCUUGCAUUGUGGGAGGACUUCGAAUUGAGAGGGUUUUCGCCUCUUGCUCCAGCACAAUUGAUUCUUGAUUUUUCAAGGAAGCAAUCUGUCAAAAGUGAUGUUGGUGUCAAGGAGAAAAAGGCAUGUCUUCAGAGGAUUCUAUAUGCUGGAAAAGCUCUUGCAAACCUAGUUCGGGUUGGGCAGCAAGGCAUGUAUUUUGACUCAGAGUCGAAGAAAUUUGCCAUUGGUGCUGAGCCUCAAACAGCCCAUAGUUUUGAGGUGGCUGCUUCUCUUGAAAUGUCUUCUUUAAAUUUUUUGGGGCACAAAUAUCCAGCUGUGGAGAAAUUGAGUGUGGAACAGGCUCCUCUAUACAUGGAUGGGGAAGAAGAGGAUGAGGUGAUUAUUUUUAAGCCGUUGAUGACUGAUAGGCACUUUGAUGCCAAUGCUCUUGAGUUGUCUGCUUUUGAGGUUCCAAGUAAUGCCUCUCAAGGCAACACGGAGAGCUGUAUAGGAUCUGUUCCCGUCUCAUGUGAUUCUUAUUAUCUGUCAAAUGGUUUCAAUAGAAGCACAGUUGGCCCUAAAUCUCCUGCAUCUGUUGCCGCCCUGCAUUUUCAAGCAUUGCAACCUCACGCUUCAAAAUGGCCUUCCAGAUCUGAAGGAUCCAUUUCCAAUGGGCUGAACAACUUCAAUUUGGUAGGGAAUGGGCUUGUUAUGAAGAGUGGGUUGCAAGAACACCAAGCAGUUUUGCAGCCUUCUGCAGUUUCACUUCCUCUUCCGCUCUUUGUGAACCCUAGUGCUUGUAACCUGCUACCAGCUAAGGUUUCUGAUACUGUAGUACACUCGAAAUCUGAGUCAGUCAUGUCUUCUGUCUCUGGUUUUGACAGUCUGUCCUUGAAGGCAUCAUCAGUGUUCUCAGCUAGUUCAAGAUUGAAUCCAGUAAGCCGUCCUGUUCAUCACCUUGGCCCUCCACCUGGAUUUAGCUCUGUUCCUCCUAAGGCCAAAUGUGAGAUCUUAUCAGGCGUUGGUCAGGAGAAUUAUGAUUUGCAUAUGGAUGAUUAUAGCUGGCUUGAUGGAUAUCAGCCACCAUCAUCAGCAAAAGCAACUGUGUUUAACAAUUCUAUCAAUCACCCUGAACAAUCUUGUAAUCAUACGAAAGCGAAUGAUGGCCUGACAGGAACAAGAAUGUUUCCAUUUCCUGGCAAGCAGCUCCAAACAUUUCCGAUGAAAAUUGAAAGCCAGAAUGGCUGGUUGAACUGCCAGCUUCCUGAUCGUCUGAAAGUGUACCAGGAGUGGCAACAGCAGCAACUUGCAAAAAUAGGCUAGCAGUCUCUUCCCCUGCUGCAGCAGUAUCGUGGAUAGUUACUUUGUAUGGUCAUUUCUUUGUGUGAGAGAUCAUUAAGAGGAUGCAGAUGAAUAUUUUGUGGGUGAACUAUCUGUUUGCUUGGCAUGACCAAGUAAUCUUCAUCUCUGCAGUGCUGCAAAUGUUGAAGUCUUCAUUGGAGAAUGGUUGGUCUUGGAGUUUUGCUGGUGCUUGCUUUUAAACAGCUCGCACCAAGAUUCGAGGUCUCUAUGAAUGGCAAUCAUUAAGAAGAUGGGAAUGGGAUAUGUGCGCUAUUGAUGUUUCCUUUUCUGAUGAAUUGAAUUGGCCCAUAACCUGUGCAUGGAAACGUAGGGUUCUCCUAAUGUCCUCUGUCUGGGGGAAUGAAAUGGUAGCUAUUUUGCAUAUUUAGAGGAAAAGCUGUAUGUCAAAAGAGAAUGCUACUUCCUGUGAGGCGCAGCUGGAUACUGUAGGUUGUUUGUGAGCUGCCUUGGAGUUUUCAGAGUUUAAGAUUUGCUUGUCUGUGCUGCCAUCAAUAUUUAGAGAUCGACUCUGUCAACGUUUAUGAAUAAGGUUUGUGUUUGAGCUGUCAGACAAUAAUAAACAAGUACUUGAAGUCUUAUGAUACAUGAUUGUGUAAAACUUGAAACUGCUUUUUCAAUGUCAUUACUAUUUCACGCUCCAUCUGUUAUCUUUUGUGGAUUUGAUUAGUAGAAACACAAAACAAGAUCAACUGGAUUCAAAUGGUUUGUGGAUUGAAUAGGAUUGAAUUUAGUUUCUUA